AUCAAAGAAUGGGCAUUUACAGUGAUUAACAUGAAGCGGGAAGAUGAAUCACAUGCUUAACAAAAAGCUAGAGUCUCCUGUUUGUACAUUGCAGAGAUUACCAUCAUUUCUUUGAAUUAGCUAUUUUUCCUGUUUGAUUUCACAAUAGGAAGAAAGUAGACAGUGCCUCCCAAAUCUUUUUCAGGGCCACUUUGAGCAGCGGUAAUAUCUUCCAUGUUGAUCAACAGGUGGGAUUUUAAAGUGUAAAGGAGCCAAGGAACCAUGAAGAUGCAACACUUGGAGCUACUACUGAGGAUCUCCCCCUCUCCCCUAGUAAGUAAGUCAGCACAACCACUAUACUAUCAGCAUCAUGGACUAUUGCACACCUCAGUCUUCACGUCGGCACAACCCUGUGGACAGCAUUUGCCGCAAGAUUCAAACCAUUCAGUGGCGUGGUGACCGGGAACCCAAUUCCCCUUUCCAAAUUCCUAAACUGUCCUCCAGCAGUUACGACAGCCCUCAGUCCGGCCUCAGGCACAACCUGGAAGCUAUCCUGAAGAAAGGAGCCUUCCUCAGAGACGAGGGGGAAAGGGUCAAAGCUAAAGGGAUGGGGAUGCCGAGCUCUGCAGCUUCCCACAGCAGUGGCCUUGGUUCCUAUGUACCCCUCUCAACUCCUAAAUGCAAUCGUUCCACCCCAGCUAAUGUCACAUACACAAUCACAAGCACUCUAGGAGAAAGAAGAGGUGCUGAUGGGAGUGAUUUCAAACAAAUUAAAACAUGGCAGAGGUGUUGUUCAACACCCACAGGUCAAACAAGGGACUCCCCUUAUUUUACAUUCACACGAGGACCAAACUCGGUGCAAACUGAGAGCAACAGUCACAGCACGAGUCCUCUAUCCCGCACUUUCACUCCGGGCAACAGCACCAUCUCCUACAACAUGAACUUCUGCUCUGCAGAUACAACAAAUUCAGUUGAGUGUGAGCUGUCCUACCCAGCCCUGGUUGUGAAAAGACUUUCUAUGGGAGAUGGAGGAACGUCGGUUAACUCUGAAAACAGAAGAAAUAUGGCAGAAAUCAGUCUCAUCUGUGAAGAAAAUCUGCUCGAUACCAUAUUUUAUGCUUGUGACACCCAGCGCAGAGGUAAAGUGUAUGUGUCUCAUAUUGUUGACUACCUGCGUCACACAACCAGUCGAAGCUCAGAAGACAGUGGAUUAGAGGAACUUUGCAACAUGCUGGACCCAGAACACAAGGACGUGUCAAUUGAUCUGGACACCUACCAUGCUGUCAUGAGGGAGUGGAUAGAUGACUGCCGCAAUAGCAGAGAAUUGCCAGCAGAGAACAACACCCAGGAAGACUCAAUUAAACUCAAAGAUAGUGCCUCUGCCCGAAGAUCAAUGUUGCUGAAUAUGACAUCAGGAAGCUUGGAGGCCUUUGGUGGAGAGGCAUCUAGAGUGGAAUUUGAAACAUCAGAGCUGGUAUAUUGUGUUGCUGAUCUUCAGAUGAGCAACCAAAAGCUUCAGGAAGAGGUUCGAAAGCUGAAGCAGGUGGUGGAGAACAUGGAGGAGAGCAACCAGAAACUGGCUGAUGAAAAUGAGGAUCUACAUAAUCAAGCUAGGGUUAACCAACAGCUUGCGCAGAAAGAGAAGAUGCUGAAAGAAGAGGUGGAAGAGAUGAAGGCAACUUUGAGCUGUACAGAAGAAGGGAGGGCUCGUGCCUCCGCACACAGCAAACAUAUGGAGAGAGAAAAUCAGAGCCUUAUUGCCAAGAUUGCAUCUCUUCAGGAGGAGAACUUUAAGAUCACGAUGGAGACAGACGAGCUUCAGAAAAAAAUAAGGGAGCUGUGUAACAUUAACACUGACCUUCAGGUGCAAAUUCACUCAUUUGAUGCUGUGAUUGCUGAAAAGGAAUCAAUUAUAGUGGAGAGGAGCAGUCAAAUAGAUGAGCUGAAGGCAGCAGUAGAGGAGUACUCCUCCAUCACAGAGCUGCUGAGGAAUGAUAAAUACAAGCUUGAGAGCCAGAUGCAGAUGAUUCUUCCAGAUCUUGCUGGGGCUAGCCUGGCUUUGUCAGUGGCUUACAGAUUAAACCAGAGCAGCCUAGGAUCCCUGCAAACAGAACUGGCUCUGGCACAGUCACCACUGGAGACUGUUCAUGGGGUGGACUAUUUGUCAACCACAAUGAGCACGGCCUCACCGCUGGAUGAGACACUGGACAGAGAGGUGUUGCUGAUGCUGCAGGGACCAAAUACUGAACAUGUGGCUCUGGAGUUUAGAAGUCUCUUAAAAAAACUGAAAAUAGAUUUCAAAGAAGAAACCAGCUGUGUCUUGUCUGCAGUUCAAAACAUCAUGAAUAACCACACAGAGCUGGACUGUAGCACCAACGCUGGUCUUCAGAGUGUGCAGGCUGAGCUAGAUGCUAGAAGGGCAGACUGGGCCAUCAGCCUGGACCAGCUGGAUCACUACACAGACUCAUUAGAGAAGGAGUUGAUCAAAAUGGCCAGUAACAUGAGAAGAUCCCGUACUGAGAUUCUCCACCUGUCGGUCAGGGUGCAGGAACAGGAGAACCAGAAGCGGCAGCUGUGUGAAGAACUGGAGCAACUAAAGAUAUCUCAAGACAGCAGAGAGGCCUCAUGCCAAACACCUGCACCAGAUGAGGAGCCUGCCUUGGACUGGGAUGAGGAGUUUGCUCUACAAGACUUCUUGAAAAAUGAACUAGCAGAGAGGAACUGCUGGGUGCAGGAUGGGAAAAGAGACUGCAGUCCUGAGGAAAAGUCAGACAAAUUACCAGACCGAGUUGAAGAAGAGGAUGUGGAGGAGAGGUGGAAGGUAGUGGAUAUAGCUGGGGAAGGAGAAGUAAGGGAUACAUCAACUCCCUUUGCCACUGUCUCUACGGAGGUUCAAUAUGAGCAGAGCACAAUUGAAGAACAUCAAGAUUUUGCAGCCUGCACAGAAUCAGACCCUGAGGUUAUUUGUCAACCUUUGCAGAAGGAGGCAGCAGUGCCACUGAGCGCCCACUCACAAGCUGUCGGUAGAAGACACCCAGAGGCAGUUGCUCUCCAUGAUCUAUCCCACUCAGAAAACAACACUGAAGAGACAAGUGAAGUUCUAGAGUUCAACGCCAGCCCUCCAACUCAAACUCUGAGCUCACCGACUGAACAGGACCACAACAUCAAGCCUGUUGACACGCCCUUUGCAAAAGCAGAUAUGGCUUCUACAAACGAUACAUCACCUGGACCAGAUAAGACUAUUACCCAGAGCGAGAGAUUCCUGCCGACUAGUGAGGAUCACAAGCAAGAAGAGGAGAAAGAAGUCGAGGUAGACAUAAGCGUGGCAGAUAUGAACCGGCAUAAGAGUCUCAGUUGUGACCCAUCGGCAGACAAAUCACCAGCUGAGGACAGCAGCACCAGUCUGUUACCUGUGGUGGUGGAGGAAGAAGAGACAGUACAAGAUACUACAGCUGAUGGUCCAACACUUUCAACCAGUGUGGCAGGGAUGGACCAGCUCACUAGCAAUGGGGCAAACACCUCUGAGAACGGCCUGCCUCAAUCAGAAUCAUCUGUUAUUCAAAAAAGUCAGUCAAAAGGUGGAAUGAGCAGCACAUCCCCUGAUCCCACCUGUUCACAGCAGGAUCCAGCACACACCAUGGAUACCAAUGAGAAGAACCAUGUUCAGAAUGAACCAAGUCAGGUCAGCCUGGCUACUAGAAGAGAAUCGGAUUCAUCUGUGAUAUCUGACACCAAUGAUGUCUUCAAGGAGGAUAGGAGCAACUCAUCACCUACUGAUAAGGAGAUUGAGGCAGAGUUCCAGCGCCUUGCACUGGGAUUCAAGUGUGAUAUGUUCACUCUGGAGAAAAGGCUCCGGCUGGAGGAAAGGUCCCGUGACCUUGCAGAAGAAAACGUUCGUAGGGAAGUGUCUAGCUGCCAAGGCUUUCUGCAGGCACUAAUCCCUUUGUGUGAAGAUGAAAACCAGUCAAUGGAGAUCAUCCAGAGGCUUCAGAAAAACCUAAAUAUUCUCAUCCAGUCCAUGACCAGAGUGUCCAGUCGCUCUGAAAUGCUUGGAGCUAUUCACCAGGAGAAUCGUUUUGGUAAAGCUGUGGAGGUGAUGAUCCAGCAUGUAGAGAACCUGAGGAGGACGUAUACAAAGGAGCAUGCUGAGCUCCUCGAGCUGAGAGAGGCACUCAUGCAAAGUGAGAGGUCGUUUGGAUCACAAACAGAAAAAGAUGAUUUCCGUGGCAAGAAGCUGCCACCAAAACACACGCAGGAGAGAGCCAGGAGAGUCAGCAUAGGACCUAUUCCCCGUGGAAUUGGUGGAAACAUGCACUUUGACAUGACCAAAGGUUGUCAGGAUGGCUUUGAAUCUGAUGCAGAGAGGUUGACAAGGAGAUCCCCGUGGAAUGUGGCUGGGAAGAGCAUGACACGGCCCCCGCUAAAACGGUUUGUUAGCUCUGCGGCCUGGGUUGACACUGAAGAUCCCCCUGACAUGGCUAAGGGGGCAUCCUGCAGCAGCACAGACUGCCAGUCAGACGACGAGCCGAAGGAGGAGGUAUUGGAAGAAAAGAGGAGACCCAGUCUCAGUGAGCUGGGCAGCAAACUCACCUCCCUAAUUCUGCCCCUUAAGACGACUCCAAGUCCUUCAUCCAGCCCCACAUCUACAGAUCCAGGGAUAUCUCAGUCUCUGUCCCAAAGCCUGACCAGUUCCAGGGCAGCUGCUGCAGCCACAGCCAAAGGAGGCAGAGGCCUCUGGCUGUGGUUGGCUAUUGUGGUUGUGCUAGCAGGUCUACUUGCACUCCUGGCCAGUUUGGUGAUGCAGCCAGCAGUCGAUGCAGCACCUGUGGGGACGGGAGACUCCUGGAUGACCAUCCAACAGCUGCUUUGGCCUUACACAGGGCUUCGGCAUAAUGGACAACCACCCGUCUAGAUCAUGUUCUGUGAGGCGGGUGGUUCUAGAGCCCCUCAGCCCUCUGCAGACGGUCUCUUUGCACUGACAUGGUGAUGACAAAGACAGUAUGCCACUCCUGAGCAGAGCCAGAUGGGAUGUUUACUGGUGCCUGAAUUUUCCUGAAUGAAGACUUGCAUUAACAGCACAGGCCAGACCGUGGGGGACGGUUAACCCUAUAGACGGUUUUAUGUAUUGGAUCACGUUUGCUACAUUAGUCUGUUUCUGCAUGUCUCUGUGUUUACAGGAAAGGUUGUGCUGACCAGUGUUCUUAACCUGAGGCAACCUGAAAACAUGAAAAUGUUAUCAGCACUCCUGGAAACAGCCAACCAUGACAUAAUACACUCAGUUACAUCAUGAUCUGUCCAAAGAGCUGGCAUAGAAAUGACCAAUAAUGUCACAUAAUUUUGUGUUCCACUCUGACAGUGCAACAAGAGUUUUUAAACACAUUUCAUUAGCUUCAUUUCUGGUUACACAAUAUAACAGCUGACUUUGCUAUUAUCUUCUCAUAUAAGCUAAAGUCUGCAAACACCAGUUAAAAGUUGUUUAUUUUAUUUGUUUCUGACAUAUAUUCCGGAUUGUUAGCUUUAAGUGGAAAGAGAUGGAUCUUUUUACUUUUAAGCUAAACAAUACCAGUUAAGUCUUGACUUGUAUUGUAAUUGUUAGUUUUAAGACAAACAUUUUUUUUUUUGUUUGAACACCAAAUUUCUCUUUCUUUUAACUAAUAUUCUUUUUGUGGUUCCCACAGUUUUCAAUUUAAUAUACUUUUGUAUGUUCCAACGAGGAUGCAUGGAUCUUUGCACAAAUAAAGUAGCCUAUUCUGCAACAAAA